UGUUGCAGCUGGUUAUCAAUCCACUCUCGUCAAAGUGAAACACGGCAUACUCACCAACUGAAAAAAGUCUUCUCAUCCACCAAUAGAUAUGCGUAUGCCUUGGAGCACCAAGGUGGCACCUGAUACCCCGGGAGUAAAGUUAGCAGCUUUCACAGAACGUGAUGAGAUUCUAAAUGAUGAGUUUGACAAGGAAUUUCCUGUGCUAGUACGCGUUACAGCACCAGCCACAUUCGACGCCACAGACGUCGAUUUUGUGGCAGUGCUUGACAUGAGCGCAAGCAUGACAAGAGAGAGGCUUCAGAAUGUGAAGAAAGCCAUGCUAGCCGUGAUAAAAGAUCUUGGCCCGAGAGAUCGUUUCUCUAUGCUGUCAUUCAGUAGCGAAGUGCAGAGCCGUACAGAACUCACUGAAAUGUCUCUUAAUGGUAAAGAAGCUGCAAGCUCUAUGGUCCAAAAUUUAGUCACCGGGGGGAAGACUGACAUGGGUGCAGCACUGCAGCAAGCUGCAAAAAUUCUGAAGGGCAGGAAAAUGCAUGACUGCAUCAACCGCGAAUGCUUAACUGUCUUCAUCUCGGCCGGCAAAGAUGAUUCGGUCUACACAAAGCCAAUCAACCAUGGGUUCCCGGUUCACACCAUUGGUUUAGAUACCGAACAUGACCCUAAGGUAAUGGACCACAUCGCUCAAAACACAUGUGGCACAUACUCUUAUAUAUACAGGGAUAUGGAUGCUAUGGGGUCUACUCUCAAGGAGUUGAUCCAGGUCCAGCGAUCUGUCAUCGCAAGGAAUGCCGAGAUCAAGUUACAGACUCAGGACGGUGUCACAAUAUCGUCAAUCAAGUCUGGUGGCCACAAGAACUGUGUCACUAAUAGCAAGCAGUCUGUAAUUGAGAUCAGCCGCCUGUAUGCUAGUCAGGUCAGCGAUUUCAUCGUCUACCUCACAGUCAUGAAGGGGAAGACGCUGACUAUGGCGGAGAAAUUUAAAACAGGCGGGGGUGGUAGCAAGAUGCAGCUGAUGACCGUCAGCAUUACAAAUGUUUCUGCUGAUCCGGUGGUUGUGUCAGUCAAACGGCCAGAAAUAAGCUAUGGUGCUAAGUAUUGUCCUCUGGUUGCAGCGGAACUUUACCGCCUUGCACUGGUGCUUGCUAUCUCUACCCUGGCAGAGCCUACUGCGGAUGGUUUGCAGAAAAUACGGAAUAAGUACCUCACACCUCAACAGCACCGCAUGUACAGCAAGUGGGAGUUCCAGAAAGAUAUCUUGGAAAUGCAGAAGGGUAUUUCGGAUGCCAACAAGCACAAGAUGCAGGGCCUUCCAUACAUGCUCUCGUGGCUAUCGUCUCACAAUUGGCAGCGUCCAACAGCCAAGGGAUCACCACAUAUGUCUGAUAAUUUCUUACCAAGAAGUACAAUGCAACAACAACACCAACAACAGCAGCAGCAACAACAACAACAAUAUCAUCGGCAACAAAAACAUCAUCAACAAACAAUGUUUACAGAAAUAUUACUAUUGCUUCCCUGUGCCAUAUCAGCUUUGGUCAUUUUUGUUCUGGCUGUCUUUUUGGGUCUCCAUACUGCAAUACUGAGCCUGAUGCAAUCCCUGCACCUGAGGAUAUUGUCCAUCACCGGGACAACGGUUAUAAACCAUAUCAUGCAGUAUUUGUACUCGGCGGUGAUGUACUCAAGCAUCCUCGGAGCAUUUUCCUCGUUUAUCCCGUCAGGAAUUACCUCAUCAAUCCCUGUUCUCCAGCAGAAAGCUGAGGGAGUAGACAAAGAGGAUAUUAAGGUUUUCACCAAUACCUUUCUUCGAGAGGGUGCCAACAUGGCUGCAAAUCCAAAGACUUGUGAAGGAACAGCUGGCAUAUUAAGCGGCAAAAUUACAGUGCAAGGCGGUUUUGUUUUCACAAGCUAAAGUUGUCAACUACACAUGCAAUAAGUGAACGAUUUCCCCACAGUUGCGGCAUGCUCAAGAGCUUGCAAUCAUGUAUCGGUUCAUACGUGAAGACAUUUUUAUCUCCGUUGGUUAUUGUUUAGCUUUUAUAUUUAUUAUCAAACCAUGCUACUUGGCAAAUGUACCUUGUUAUAUGUCAGUGAUACAUUGAUAUGUCCCGUGGGAAAACACUAGGGUAAUUACAUCACACCUAUAUUCAUGUUCUUAUUGUCUAUUUAAUAAAUUGUUAUUUCAGCGUGCA